CGGUUGUUGGCUCCUUGGGGCUGUCGCUCCGCCCCCCGGUGUCUGUCGUAAACCUGGCGCCGGACUAAAAUAAACCCGAGAUAAGAGAGCUCAGGGCUCGCCUCCCUCCUCCUGCCUCCUGCGCGGCGAGCGCUCGGCUCCCCGGCGCGCUCCGGAGUCCCCCUCUCUUGGCGCAGCCAGCCGGCCGGAGGGGAGCCGGCAGCCGCCCCGGGCUGAGCCCCCGCCAGCUCCCCCGCUGCCCGGCGGCCGAGCCAUGUCGGUGAGCCCCAAGCACACGACGCCCUUCUCCGUCACCGACAUCCUGAGCCCCAUGGAGGAGAGCUACAAGAAGUUCGGGGCGCUGGAGGGCGCCGGGCACCUGGGCUCCCCGCUGGGGGCUUAUCGCCAGGCGCAGGGCGCGCAGGCGGCCCCGGCCAUGCAGCAACACGCCAUGGGCGGCCACAACGGGGCGGCGGCCGGCGCCUACCACAUGCCGCACGGCGUCUCCCAGUUCCCCCACAGCGCCGUGGGGAGCUACUGCAACGGGGGGCUCAGCAACAUGGGCGAGCUGCCCGCCUACCCCGACAGCAUGCGGAACAGCGCGGCGGCCGCCGCCAGCGGCUGGUACGGGGCCAACCCGGACCCCAGGUACUCCACAAUCUCUAGGUUCAUGGGCCCCUCGGCCGGGAUGAACAUGGCUGGCAUGGGCACCCUGAGCGGGAUCGCCGAGGCGGCCAAGACCAUGGCCCCUCUCCACGCGGCGCCCCGGCGGAAGAGGAGGGUGCUGUUCUCCCAGGCUCAGGUCUACGAGCUGGAGAGGCGGUUUAAGCAGCAGAAGUACCUGUCGGCGCCGGAGCGGGAGCACCUGGCCAGCAUGAUCCACCUCACCCCGACGCAGGUCAAGAUCUGGUUCCAGAACCACCGCUACAAGAUGAAGCGGCAGGCGAAGGAUAAGGCCACGCCGCAGCUCCAGCAGGAGACCAGCCUGUGCCAGCAGCAGCCCUCCCCGCGGCGGGUGGCCGUGCCGGUGCUGGUGAAGGACGGGAAACCCUGCCAGGGCAACCCCAGCAGCACCCCGGCGGCGCCCAACCAGCCGGCGCCCCAGGGCGCCUCCAGCGGGGGGCUCCCGGCGUCCAGCAGCGCCGCGCACCAGCAUCAGAGCCAGCAGGUCAGCUCGCUGAGCCAGGCCCCGGAGCUGGAGGAGAUGUCGCCCAGCCCCCCCUCCCUCCACAGCCAGGUCGGCGGCAUGGCCCCGAUGGACACAGCCAACCUCGAUUACAGCAGCAGCCUGGUCAACCCCAACCUGCUCUACAGCAGGACGUGGUAACGCGGGGGGGCUGCCUGGGACAGCCUGGGGAGCGGGCUACAACCCCCCCCCCCGACCCCCCCCCGCCGCCACCCACCCCAACAGUGCUAGCGCCUGCGGCUUUCUUCCCCGUGAGUCCCUCCCUGGAGGGAAAUAUCUGAGCGCCUUCCUCCUCUCUCGUUGUCGUGGUUGAUUUUAUUUUAUAUGAUUAAUUAUUUAUUAUUAUUAUUAUUAUUGCUUUUUAAAAGACGGGAAUUGCAAGGAAGUACAUCGCUCGGAGCUGCCGUAGACCGUGUGCGCGCCUGUGUGGACUUGGGCGGUGUAGCUGACAAGGCGGUUAAAAAGCCUUGCACAUUUUGGGGGUGGGAGGAGGGGGAGGGAAAGGGAAGGGGAGAAAGAACAAACCAAACAGGCAACGAAACAAACAAACAAAAAACUCUCGUUGCUUUAGGAUAUCUGAGGCCACUGGCCGGGCACAGGUGAGGACUUCCCUAAUGACCGUCUAACUUUAGAGUCUAGGCUGUUGCUCUAGUUUAAUGUGCGAUUAACCAAAUUAAAAGGUGACGCCGCAGAUUGACAAGAGUUAGUGUUUACCACCAUCGAGUCUCCGGUUUUUAUUUAUUUUUUAUUUUUUUUUUUUUUAGGCUAGUUAAAAACACAAAAAACCCAGUUGGUUGGUGUCUCUAUCUUAUAAACCAAUUGAACG